CCCCCCCUCCCCGGUGUCCCCCCCGUUCUGGCCUUCUCCUCCCCCGCCAAACACCCCGGGGGAGGGGGGGCUGCACCGCGCCGGAGACUGCUCGGCGGGUCGCGCUCUCCCCUGGCCGGUUUGGGGCCAUGUAUUAUCCCCCUGCCCCCCCUCCCCGGUGGUGGCCUCGUCCCGGCGAGCGAGCGCCGGGCCCCGGGGAUCCGGUUUCCCUCUCACCUGGCCCCGGGGGUGAGGAGAGGGAGCGGGGGCCGGCGGCGGGACGGGGCAGCAGGCGGCAUGUUCGUCCUUUUCCGCGGGCCCCGGCGGCGGGGGGCCGGUAGCUUCGCACCCCGCGCUUGCUGGGGCACCUGCUGCCCCCUGCGGCCCCGGUAAACGGGGCGGUCGCUGCCUCCGCCCGGCCCCGCGACCUGGGGGGGCCCUGGCACCGUUGGCACCCCGGGGCAGCCGAGUUGUGGAGGCGCGUCUCCCCCCACCGUGAGCCCGGUGGGCUGCCGAGGAGUCGGGAGCCCCCACUGGCCCCCGCUUUUGGGAUGGGAAGCCGCGCUCUGGUCCCGGCACCGGGGACCCCGAGGAGAUGUCGGAAUCUCCCCCGUUGCAAAGCUACUCAGUGCUGCAAGGGCUGGUGGGGCCGGCCUGCAUCUUCCUGCGGCAGAGCAUUGCCAUCACCCAGCUGGACCGAGACCUACGGCCCGAGGAGAUUGAAGAACUGAAGCAGGCUUUCCGGGAGUUUGACAAGGACCGCGAUGGCUACAUAAGCUACAAGGACCUGGGCGAGUGCAUGCGGACCAUGGGCUACAUGCCCACCGAGAUGGAGCUCAUCGAGCUGUCCCAGCAGAUCACUGGGGGCAAGGUGGAUUUUGACGAUUUCGUGGAGCUGAUGGGCCCCAAGAUGCUGGCAGAGACGGCGGACAUGAUCGGGAUCAAGGAGCUGCGCGACGCUUUCCGCGAGUUCGACACCAAUGGGGACGGGCAGAUCAGCAUGGCGGAGCUGCGGGAGGCCAUGCGCAAGCUGCUGGGGCAGCAGCUCAACUACCAGGAGGUGGACGAGAUCCUCAAGGACGUGGAUCUCAACGGGGACGGCCUGGUGGACUUCGAAGGUAGGGGCUGGGGAGGGGGGCCACCAACGUCCCUGGGAAUAUUCGGGGUGUUUUGUACAUAUUUUCCUGCCGGCAGAGUUUGUGCGGAUGAUGUCGCGCUGAGGGCGGUGUGUGCCAACACGGGAUGCGAGCCCCCGCUGUGCCUUACGAAGAGGAGGGGGGCCACGGAGGAGACACCCGGCUCCAGCUGCUGGGGCCGUGCCGGCGCGGCACUAGAGCCCAGGGCAAAGCCCUUGCUUUUUCAUCGCUGGAGGUGCUCAGACUCAUCCUCGGCUGUGCUUCUGCCCGGCUGCUGAGGUCCAACCAUGGCGUGGGGCACCGGGGCCCAACGCCGGGCCCCUUUUCGGCGCAGACUUGGCCAGGCAGCAGCCGCUGUCACCUCUGCUCCUUGCCCUGAUCUCACCCCCACCUCCUGUUUCUCCAAAAUUCAAAACAUGCCAGUCCCUUCUCCUCCAGCUGCACCUCAGCUCACCCCUCCAUUUUGAACCCUGUAUCCAACGCCAAGCCCUUCACGUUGACCCCACUCCCUCCACACUGUGAUUUAGGGCUGACCCUGCGGCAUAACCCACCAUCUCUCCCCAUCACCCCCGUUUGAGCUCAG